AUGGCUAUCCAAAGGUUCGACGAGUUCGUCCGUGACAUCCCCUUCGACGUCCAGAGUGACCAUCUGCAUCUCAUUUCACUUCUCGGCAAAAUGGAACUGGACGUGUUGCCGCCUCGUAUUCAGAGACUACGGCUGAAGACCAUGCGAUACCAGUUCCGUAUGCCGCACGUGCCAGGAAAGCUGCUAGCCACAGCCGAUACGUUGUCGCGCAUCACCUACGAGCCACCCACUCCUCUAGACACUAUCGAACUUUUUGCAGCCCAGGUAGUCGGCUGCACGCCGGAAGUCUUGCCACUCAGCCCUAAAGACGUGCGACAGGCACAAGAGUCCGAUGGCGAGUGCAAAGCCCUCGCUUCCUACUGCCAGAAUGGUUGGCCUAAAAGGACCACGAUACCACUGCACCUCUCAAAGUACGCCUCUGUGGCAGACGAGCUCUCUGUCUGCGACGGUGUUCUGCUGAAAGGCGCCCGGAUAGUCAUCCCAUCGUCCCUUCGUCCAGCGGUCUUGACGCUGUUGCAUGAAGGUCGUCAGGGCAUCAACAGGACCAAAGCCCUAGCUCGGGAGUCAGUUUGGUGGCCCGGUAUCUCGACAGACAUCGCCUCUCUCAUUGCCAACUGUGAACAGUGCGCUUCCACCCGCGUGAACUUUGCCGAGCCCCUGCUCUCCACGGCCCUACCUGGACAUCCCUGGGAAUUCCUUGGAAUGGACUUGUUCCACCUCAACGGCCAGACGUUCAUCCUGGUGGUGGACUAUUACUCAAGGUUUCCUGAGGUGGUGACCCUGAAGAGCACGACAGCUCAGGCAGUCAUUGACGCUCUCAAAUCCAUCUUUGCCCGCCAUGGAAUCCCGCAACAAGUCAGGUCAGACAACGGCCCACCGUUCUCGUCGCAAGCGUUCGCGGCGUUUGCAGCAUCAUAUGGCUUUAACCACAGGACCAGCCGUCCACACUAUGCUCAAUCGAACGGAGAGGCGGAGAGGAUGGUGCGUACUAUCAAGGACCUGUUUCGGAAGUCAAAGGAUCCUUAUCUGGCUCUGCUCAGCUAUCGGGAUACUCCAGUAGUCGACGGCUUUAGUCCUGCCCAGCUGUUGAUGGGAAGUCAACUGAGAACCAGAGUCCCAAAGCAAGGCUCCCAGCUACGUCCCAACUGGCCCCCAACGAAAGAAGUCGUCGCCAAGGAUGCGACUUAA